AUGGUAUUUCUUCGGAAAAUACUUGAGCAUUUUUCAUCGACCCUACAUGGAGCAUCUCUGUCUAGCUCGCCACAAGGAACACGCAUCAUGAAUUUGGCUACUGCUGCGUAUGUCUCAGGUCUUUCUUCCGAUAUGAUUUCAUGUUUACGUGAAGUGCUUGGUUUUCAUGCAUAUGUGUUAAGUGCUUGGUUUUUUAUCAUGAGGAUGCAAGAAGACCAAUAUGUACUGUGCAUGUGGAAAGCCUCUCAUAGUCUCAUCUGGAAUUCUACUGUGGAUGUAAUGUUUGAUGAAAAUACAAGCUUGGAUUGGAGUGAAAAACGAGUGCAACAAGAGAUUCCUAUGCCUAUUGGAAUCUCUUCGGAUGAAAGUCAAGAGCCAACUCUUAUAAGUUCACCCGUUGGUUCCUCUACAACAUCAACAAGUUCAUCAACUUCAGCAACACUAAGCGUAAACUCUUCAUCCACAACUCUUGAAGAGUCUUCAAAUGAUACACCACCAAGGAAGUAA